GGAAGAACUGCAUACAAAGGCGGCGUCACUCCGUCCCAAAAUCGGGUCAUUGUCUUGGCAUCAAAUUCAUGUCACUCCACAUCAACGCGAUCCGUGCUUGAUUUGGAUGAUGAGUAAAUAAGUGUAUGCGGUUGGAAGAGAAAGCCGAAAGCGCGUCGCAUCACUGAUUACUGCAAGUCUCAGCACCAUGGAACCACAAUGGCAAGCUUGCAGCUAGAAAUAUGGUGGGAUUGAACAUUUGAAUUCAGCCACGUCAAGGGACGACUCGCCAGUGUCCAUUUGAGAACAAUUAGGACGACUGCACUGCGCGGAGAGCAUUGUCAGUCCAUCAUGGCGCCAAACAAGAAGAAGAAAAAGGCCGCCGCGAAUCCGGCCAGAGGGUUUGCUACAACCUCUCUGCCUUCCAAAACCAAAGUCGUGGAGGAGCAGGAUGAGACACAGUCGGAUACCCCCACCGUCACAUCAGGGCAAGGCGUAUCGACGGCCUCACAAAUUCCCGAUAGCAAAAGCGCCACUUCGGUCCAUGAGCCUGGGAAAACUGCCAACAUUUCGGACAUGAGCCCCGAAGAACUGGAGAAGCAUUUGGAAACCUCCGAGUUGGAGACAAUGGUCGAGCGAUAUGCUGCUCGUAGCUUGGCCGACGCGAGUCGCCAGGUCGCGAGACUUGACACCGAGCGCCGUCAACUUCGACCGCAAGCCUACAAGCUCUCAACCUACUCCUGGCUUGAUGAGGAGACAACGGAGGAGUUGUUCGCCUCAAGCCUACCAGCACUCUCAAGUGGUAGCACAAGUAACAGCGUACCUUCCCCAGAAUCUGAGGAGAAGGUUCUGAUCGAUCUUUGGACCAUCGAGCGAGUCCUACAAGCACUGAAGCUUCCCAGAGUUGCGGAAGCUGUGGCUCAUGUGGCAGGACUUGCCAUAUCUGGACAGGUCACCGCAGACACUGACAAUCUACCGGGUUUGUCUGAGGCCUUCCGUUGGUAUGCAGCCAACACCCAACCAGGGGAACUAUCACACUACGAGCACGUGCCGGAAACCAAAGCUGCACGAAGUGGUGAUAAUACCCCUCUACAGGCGAAUUCUGAGCCAGUAACUGCCACUCAAAGCCGACAAAGUCCAGCCAGUACCCCUACUUCCCUGUCCGAGGACGAGGAUGACUCGUUCGGAGGUCUGUCAGUAUCAGAGAGUGACGAGGAAGAUGAUCCUAGCAAGCUCAGUGACAAAUAUGUCCGUAUACGUCGUCUCAUCUGGCAGGCUGAGCAUCCAGAUCCACCCAAACGGCCGAAAUUGUCAGCGCGGAAGCAGAAGCGAGUCACACGGCUGAAGGAGAGGUUGCAAAAGCUGCGUAGAGACCCGCUGUUCGACGAGUACGUGGCGGAAUCUGCUUGGAACACGAUCCUGCUCGAGAUUCAAGAACAAUACCAACACUUACUGCGAAUUGAGGCAUCCAGACGUCGCGAGCAAGGUCAGGAAGAUCGGGCAGAUGUCCAUGAAGCUCCUGUUGAUUCAAACGCGCCCAUUGACGACAGACAACACGGAGAGGCCGAUGGAGAAGCUCUCUUGGGUGGCAUGUUCGAAGAUACGGAUCAGGCUACGGCCAAUGAGCAGAGCACAAACGCACAACAGCAGAUCAAGGUGUUAGACUUUGGCAAGUGGACAGGUGUGUCACCCAGAAAGCUCCUGGACGAUAUAUGCAAAAGUCAUGAUACCAAAAGCCGGCUUCGGGUACAGACUUUGCAGAACACAUCCCACUCAGCUCGACAUAGUGUCAGCAUUUCGUGGUCCUCCGACACGCUACCUGAAGAACAUGCAGCGGAUGCUCUGCCAACCGAAGUCUCAGCGCAGGUAGCACCACAUGUCUGGACCUUGCAGAUGGUGAACACAUCGGCCGCAUCAAGUGCCCAGUCCGAAGCAUACAUUUGCACGUUAGCAAUAUUCCUCAUCUCUACGCUGGGCGGAAAGGAGCAGAAGCCGACUGCUAGACUACCGACCGUUUGGAGAGACGUCGUCAAGGACCUCACCGAUGUGAAGCAGCGACUGGUCAACGAGGAACACAGAGAAACUUUACGUCGAUUACGGACCGUCUUACAUGACGCCCAGGAAAGACUGCAAGCCGAGCAAGGUCAAACCGUCCCAAGAGCCUCGACCCAGAUCAUCACGACUGACAGACGGCGGACGAAACAUUCCGUACCGGCCAGACUUGAUCCGAGCCAGAUUUCCAGAGAGUGGACGUCACGCCAAUUACGCCCUUCAUUCCAACAGAUGCUCGAAGUCCGCCGUUCAUUACCCGUCCAUCAGUACAAAGAUGACAUUCUGUCUUGCAUCGCUAACCACCCUGUCACCGUGAUCUGUGCGGAGACAGGCGCAGGCAAGUCCUCAGGCAUUCCGGUCUUACUUCUCGAGCAUGAUUUCGACGGCGGCCGAGACUGCCGCAUCCUGGUCACGCAACCACGAAGAAUCUCUGCCAUCACACUCGCCAGACGCGUGUCUGCAGAACUCGGCGAAACUCGCAACGACAUCGGCACAUCGCGAUCGCUGGUCGGUUAUGCGAUCCGCAUGGAAAGCAAGACGAGCAAUAGCACGCGCAUAACGUACGCCACUACCGGUGUACUGCUGCGCAUGCUGGAAGAAUCUCGCGACUUAGACGAGCUCGACUAUCUCAUUCUCGACGAGGUGCACGAGCGCACGAUGGACCUGGACUUGCUGUUCAUUGCAUUGCAAAAGCUGCAGAAGCGCCGGAGCACACUAAAGAUCGUACUCAUGUCCGCAACGGUUGACGCCAAAAAGUUCUCCGACUACUUCGGCGGCGCGCCCGUGUUGGAUCUGCCGGGCCGGACGUUUCCCGUUGAAGUUGGGUUCCUGGAAGACGCGGUGGAGGCUACGAACGAUCUCGCCGGCCUCAAAGACAAAGCGUUGUCCCUGCAAGAUGAGGGUGCAGGCGGCGAUGUGGACGACUUCUAUGGAAACGAAAAUGGGAGACCUGUCAUCAGCGACCCAGAAAAAUAUAGCACAAAGACACAAAAAGCACUAUCCAGCAUGGACGAAUAUCGUAUCGAUUACGGUCUGAUUGCUAAACUCGCGGCGGCCAUUGCCAACAAACCUCAAUUCGCAAAGUACAGCAGCGCAAUUCUAGUCUUUAUGCCGGGUAUUGGCGAAAUGCGUCGUCUACACAACUUGCUCUUGUCAAUGGACACUUUCAGUCGCGGAUGGGUGGUACACUUGCUCCACUCGACGUUUUCAACCGAGGAUCUCGAAAAGGCGUUCGACCGUCCACCGCCCGGACACCGAAAGGUCGUGAUUGCCACGAACAUCGCGGAGACGGGCAUUACCAUUCCGGACGUGACGGCCGUGAUUGACACUUGCAAGGAGAAGGUCAUGCGCUUCGACGAGCGACGCCAACUUUCGAGGCUGACGGAGGGAUUCAUUUCGCGAUCUUCUGCACGCCAGAGACGAGGUCGAGCCGCGCGUGUCCAGGACGGUCUUUGUUUCCACCUUGUCACGCGACAUCGACACGACAACCUCAUGCUAGAGCAGCAGGUUCCUGAGAUGUUGAGGCUGAGUCUCCAGGAUCCCAUGCUGCGCAUCAAGGUGUGGGAUCUGGGCUCAAUCGAGGAGACAUUGAAUGCAGCAAUCGACCCUCCGUCGAGGAAGAACGUGCUUAGGGCGAUUGAGAAGUUGAAAGACGCUGGGGCGUUGACAAAACAAGAAAGUCUGACGCCGCUGGGCCAGCAGAUCGCACGAUUGCCAUUAGAAGUGUCCCUUGCGAAACUCGCCAUCUUCGGUGUCAUCUUCAGAUGUCUGGACCCAAUUUUGGCAAUCAUCUCGCUCUUGACUUCCAAAUCGCCAUUCCUGUCGUCGACAGGAGGACAGCCCGAUGCACGUUAUAUAUUCAGCCGUGGCGACUCCGAUUUGCUUUCUUCUUUGAACGCAUACGAAGCCUGGCGCAAAGCCAAAUCAGCGCGAUCCGGACACGAAUUUUGCCGAAAGAACCAUAUCAGUGACCAAGCCAUGGUUCAAGUCGAGGAGAACAAAAUCCAGCUGCUGGUAUACCUUGUCGACGCAGGCUUAGUCACACUUGAGGCCGAAGAGAAAGGCGCUCUAAGCCGUGCUCGAUCAAGCGGUGGUCGUGGUGGCGGUGGGACCUUCUACACCGUCCCCACUCGGUACAAUCAGAAAGUCGGGGACAGGGCCCUCAACGCGAUCGUCGCCAUGGCACUGUACCCUCGCAUUCUGAUGCGUGAAGGUAAAGCCUGGCGCAAUGUGUACACCAAUCAACAAGUCUCACUCACGUCUCGCUCGGUAAACCACAACAAUCCCAAAGCACCACGCUGGCUGUCGUUCUACGAAGCGAUGCAGAACCGGAACGGGAAUCUAAAUGUCUUCGAGACGUCCGCAAUUCCUGAAUCGGCGCUGGCGGUUCUUCUAGGUGACGCAGAGUUCAAGUUCUACGCGGGCGUAAUGGUGUUGGAUUCAGGCAAGAUCAAACUCUCGGUCAAACACUGGAGGCAGAUGAUGGCGAUCAAGAUCCUGAGGGAGCAGUUGCUGAAGGUGCUGGAUACUUGCUUCAAGAGAACCGGUCAGGACUUGGACGACGGCGAGCGAAAGUGGUUGGACUUUUGGUUGAACAUGGAAGCGUCGCAAGAAUAGACAGAGUAAAGAUAGAAACGUGAAGACUUGCCGCGAGGCCGAAGGGCA